GCUGCCGCGUCCCCGGGCUCUCCCGGCUCGGCCGGCACCGCCGCGGAGUCGCGCCUCCUGCUCUUUGUGCGUAACGAGCUGCCGGGGCGCAUCGCGGUGCAGGACGACCUAGACAACACGGAGCUGCCCUUCUUCACCCUGGAGAUGUCUGGCACAGCGGCGGACAUCUCGCUGGUGCACUGGAGACAGCAGUGGCUGGAGAAUGGCACCUUGUACUUCCACGUCUCCAUGAGCAGCUCUGGGCAGCUGGCCCGGGCCACUGCCCCCACGCUCCAGGAGCCCUCAGAGAUUGUCGAGGAGCAGAUGCACAUCCUCCACAUUUCUGUGAUGGGUGGCCUCAUUGCGUUGCUGCUGCUGCUGCUGGUGUUCACCGUGGCGCUGUAUGCCCAGCGGCGCUGGCAGAAGCGUCGCCGCAUCCCCCAGAAGAGCGCAAGCACAGAAGCCACUCACGAGAUCCACUAUAUCCCGUCGGUGUUGCUGGGUCCUCAGGCCCGGGAGAGCUUCCGCUCCUCCCGGCUUCAAGCCCACAAUUCCGUCAUCGGCGUGCCCAUUCGGGAAACCCCCAUCCUGGAUGACUAUGACUGUGAGGAGGAGGAUGAACCGCCCCGGCGGGCCAACCAUGUCUCCCGCGAGGAUGAGUUUGGCAGCCAGGUGACCCACACCCUUGACAGCCUGGGACGCCCAGGGGAAGAGAAGGUGGACUUUGAGAAGAAAGCAGCAGCUGAGGCGACCCAGGAGACAGUGGAGUCCCUGAUGCAGAAGUUCAAGGAGAGUUUCCGCGCUAACACACCCAUCGAGAUCGGUCAGCUGCAGCCAGCCUCACGCAGCACAUCAGCAGGGAAGCGGAAGAGGAGGAGCAAGUCUCGAGGGGGAAUCAGCUUUGGGAGAGCCAAGGGGACGUCAGGCUCAGAGGCAGACGACGAAACACAGCUGACAUUCUACACGGAGCAGUACCGCAGUCGCCGCCGCAGCAAAGCAUCCAGAACUAGGGCUGGGGAAGUCAAUGGGUCCCCUCAGCAGGACUGGACUAUUUACAACUAA